AUGAAAGGUAUCUUGGUUAGUGCCUCUUAUGAGCAGGCUUUGAUGGACGCUCGCAAGCAAAUCGAGCGUGAAAUGGAGCGAUUUAAGAUAUGUGAAAAGGAAACGAAAACAAAAGCAUUCUCCAAAGAAGGCCUGGGUCAACAGCCAAAAACAGAUCCCAAGGAAAAAGCUAAAUCAGAGACAAGAGAUUGGUUGAACAAUGUGGUUAGCGAGUUGGAAUCUCAAAUUGAUAGCUUUGAAGCCGAAAUUGAGGGACUCUCUGUUAAGAAAGGCAAAACAAGGCCUCUCAGAUUGACACAUUUAGAGACGUCAAUCAGCCGGCACAAGGCUCAUAUAAUGAAGUUAGAAUUGAUUUUGAGGCUAUUGGAUAAUGAUGAAUUGAGUCCUGAGCAGGUCAACGAUGUAAAGGAUUUCUUGGAUGACUAUGUGGAACGUAAUCAGGAGGACUUUGAAGAGUUCAGUGAUGUCGAUGAGCUUUACAACUCUCUACCUUUAGACAAGGUGGAGUCAAUUGAAGAGCUUGUUACAAUUGGUCCUCCUGCUCUUGUUAAGGGUGUUGGGGCCACCAGUGCAAUUUUAAGCACAAAAACUUCCUUGCCUUCACCUCCGGCUCAACCAUCGGGUUCCUCUGUCCAGGAACAAGUUGAGGAGACGGCUUCCCUGGAUAAUAACUCUGAUGUUGCAAGGACUCCGCCUCCUAAAAAUAAUGUCGUUGCUUGUUCUGCUCCACCAACACCAUCAGGGAGCCAUUUGACUCCUGGUACUGGGAAUGCUCCAAUGCACAAUCUGUCCGGUGCAUCAGUUGCUUCAGUAAUCCUUUCAGGUCCGAGUUCUGCUCGAGGUGUAUUGGAAAAUGCAGGUGGUGCUGUUUCUUUAUCUCCCGUUAAUCCGCCAAAUUCUGCUAAGGACGAAGAGGGUGCGGGCUUCCCUGUUCGUAAAUCAUCUCCAGCUAUUGCUGAAACUGGAGUAAGGGGUAUGGGUAGAGGUGGCCUAUCUAACCAACCCUCAACUAGUAUCCCUCUUAAUUCUGGCAGUGCAAUAUCGGGCAAUGGAUCCCUUGGUACUGUUCCUUCAGCAUCUGAAAUGACGAAGAGGAACAUGUUAGGAGCUGAUGAGAGACAUGGGAGUAGUAGCACGGUACAGCCCCUGGUUUCCCCACUAAGUAAUAGAAUGGUAUUGCCACAAGUUGCCAAAGCCAGUGAUGGAAUUGGCCCUGCUGACAGUGGCAAUGUUGGUGAUACUGCAGUUGUGGCUGGCAGGGUUUUUUCCCCUUCUGUUGUUCCUGGAAUACAAUGGAGGCCUGGAAGUUCCUUUCAAAAUCAGAAUGAAGCGCUUCCUUUCAAAACAAUGGGGUACAAGUACGAUUAUCCUGGCAGUCGUCAAAGGGCCAAGAUUGACUAA